ACCAUUUGCAGUUCUCGACGUGCAGUCAACGGCACCUUCUUCGGUCGAAACGUCGAGUUUUCUCCCGUCUCGUUGGCCGGACUCUUGAAAUUAACUGCAUUAUACAAUAAUCAUAAAAAAAAAAUCUUCAGAUCGCAUUCCUCACAGCUUGCUGUAUCUUCCUCAGCGAUUAUUCCUCUAUGGCGGGAGCAAACGCGAAAAGACGGCAUUCGGAUCUGCCGCAUUUUGAAUCUGUUGUCAGGAUUUCGAGUCUUCCCAUUGUGGAAAGCGGUAUACACAUCGCUGGUAAUGUGUAUAGAAAAAUAAAGCGCUCAAAUUCAUUAAUGAAUUGGAGUUUGGAUACUGCGGAGCAAUCAUUAGCGAUUGCAACGACGACGGCAAGACCAGCGAUUUUCGCAUUCAAUGGACCAAUUACGACAAUCGAUCAGCUAUUAUGCAAAGGUAUCGACAUUGUUGAACAAAGAGUACCAGCUGUACAUCUUCCUCCUCAUCUUAUGUAUUUGAACACGCGAGAAUAUGUAAAUGAGAACAUUGUAAAGCCGGUGUUGAAGCGUGCCGGAAGUGUCAAACAAAUUGGUAGUCAAGCUGCCAACGCCGCCGCGGAUAGAUUGGAUGGUGCUUUGACAGUUGCGGACGAAUAUGUGGAUCGUUAUUUGCCAGGUGAUUCGGCUGAUAAAGUCAUAGAUGAGGUCAGUCCUACUGAAUCAGUGAGCAAAACGAAACGAACCAUCAAGCAUGGCGCAAGAUUUUCCCGUAAAGUACAAAAGAGAUUGACGCAACGCACUUUGGCCGAAGCACGUGCGCUUAAAGAACAAGGAACGGAAUGUAUUCAUGUGCUUUUAUAUGUGGCAGAAUUGAUAACCAAAGAUCCAAAAUUGGCAUUAAAAAAGGCUAAGGAAUUAUGGACCACGUUGAGUUUACCUGAGCCCGAAAAUCAAGCGCGUCCUGCUACGCUCGAACAGCUGUUGGUACUUUUGACACGCGAGUCUGCACGACGCAUAGUGCAUCUGGUGAAUGGCACGGCGGCGUUGGCAAUUAAAACCCCGCAACGUUUGGCUGAUUUACUCGUUCGGCUUUCUCAUCAACUACUUGAAAUCGCCGACGCCUCAUUAAAGAUGACACCACUUAUAAAUAAAAGCAAUGCAGCAAAAGAACAAGUAUCCGUCAUACGCUCCGCUAUUAAGAGGUUGAAUUCAACCACGAAUCUAUUAUUGGAAAAAUUUGCUGCCCUUUUGGCUGGUCGCCCCAGCCCUCAGAAAGUACCACGUAUACAAAACCAGCAGAAUCACAGCAACCACAUGCCGGUGACUUCUAAUCCCCCAAUAAACGGUGUCGAGUAUAUGGCGCAAACCGCAGAAGUAGUACAUCGUCCUCAUCUAAAGGUCUUUGAUCGUGUCUUGGAAUUACCCAUCGUUGAAUUGGCACUUGCUAAAUCCGCAGAGACUUACUCCAGGGUAAAGGGCUCGCAUCAGUUGGUGCAUUGGGCAUUUACCACUGCUGAGACGUCCCUUAAUGCCGCGACCAAACAAGCAAUACCUAUCGCCUUGCCUAUCGCGAAAAGGCUUGAGAAUCCUAUAAACUUCGUCGAUCAUACGUUAUGUUUUGGUCUCGACAAGAUUGAAGAAAAAGUACCGCUAGUGAAGGAAAAACCCGCGGAGAUUUUGAAGAAGGCGGCAUUGAGUAUUUCGCAUCUAAAUUAUUUAAUUAUCGCACAAGCGGCAAAUUUGCGGGACAUCAGCUGGAAUAAAGCCAAUCAAAUUCUCGAGACGCGCUAUGGCACUGUGGCUAUGAAAAGUUUAGAUAGCACGGCUGUUGUCGUUGAUAAGCUCAUUGAAAGAUAUUUCCCUGCAACAGAAGAAGAAGUAAAAUCACAAGACAGAACAACAUAUGAAGAGGACAGACUGUUACAUACUUUACAAACAUUAGGUCACCUGUCUAAUAAAGCAGCUCGACGUGUGUAUUUCAACAUAAUACGCCAUGUGAAUACCAUCAACAAGGACGGUUUAAUAAAAGCUUACAUCUACAAUUUGGUCGAAUUUCUUCGAUUAACGAAAUUUCUCCACACAGUUAACGAAAAAUCACAUGUCGACGGCGAGAAAACGGAAGAACCACAAUAUGAUGAGAAAAAAAACGAGUAACUCUGAUUUUAAAUUACUUUGAUUUUAUUUUUUUUCCAGAUUUUUCGUGUAUGAUUUUUAAGUCCUAAAAAUUAAUUUCAUUUAUACUUAUGCAUAUAUAUUAAAACUAAGUAUAUCGCCUAUAUUUAUUUUUCAUAAUUAUAUUUUUAUUAUGAUCUACGCCUAUUAAUUUGCGUAUCGUUAAGAAUUGCUUCUCCUCGUUGUUGCGAAAAAAAUUAAAGUGCUAAAAUAAUUUGCAUCAAUGAUCGUUAAUACGUGCACAUUUUUCUACAUUGCCCCAUAAAUAUAAAAGUUGAAAAAUUAUUAUCAUAUAAAUAAGGUGUGAGAUAUAAGAUUAUAGAUAAGUUUUAUAUUUAUAUUUUGUAUAUAUUUUUAACUCAUAUACAUGCAGUGCAAAUAACUAAGUAUAAUCAAAGAUAUAAGAGUACGAUAAACUUUAAAAGUCGUUUUCAUUAAUAUUAAUUAAAAUAAAGCAUUUAAACAAUAUUAUAUUAAACUGUUUUUGCAGACAAUUUAAUAUUAUUAUAAUUGUUAUAAUUUGAUAUAUAUGUGUAUUUUACAUUAUACAUCAACUUAACUAUACAUAUAAAAAUUAAGAAAAUGUUCAGAUAAUUAUUAUGUAUUUGGAUUUCGAUGUAAAAAUCUAUAUUUUAUGCAUUUUAAUAUGUAUAUAUUAUAAUCACACAGAGAAAAUAUUUCAGCCAGACGUUCGGAACAAUAUACUGGGAUUGCUUUCAUUACUGUAUAAUUUUUUUCUAAUCAUUGCUCAAAAAAUUUUCAUACAUAUAACUGUUAUUACUUUACAUAAUGUUAACACAGAGUAAGAAUACUUUUUAACAAUAGAAAUAUUGAUACGUAUUUUGCAUAUCAAUUAAUCUCGUAUAUUUUGUAUUCAUAAAACAUUAUGUAAAAUAAAUGCAAUUGCAAUAAAAAUUUGUCUGCUUCUUUACAUUCUUAUAAUACAAUACAUUUAUUCUAUAAAAAAAGAUAAUGUUAAUGUAAUUUUUUCAUCAUUGCUAUUUAAAUUAUAUUAUUUGAUAAUAAAAAGCAUUUAUUUUUUGAUUUUUAAAUCUGAAAUAAUUUAAGCUCCAAAAUAAUAAAUUUAAUAUUUAAAUAAA